GAGAGAAAGAGAGAUGGAUCCGAAGAGUCUAAGGGGAUUGGGCCAUCUAUUCGUGACAGUAUUCCUGACAGGUUUUGCAACUUUAAUCGUAUCUCCGGUCAUUACCGACGUCACGAUGGCCGCCCUUUGCCCUGGUUCCGAUGAAUGCUCCCUCGCCAUCUACCUCUCCGGGUUUCAACAAGCCGUAACAGGAGUAGGGACGACCUUGAUGUUGCCAAUUAUCGGGAAUCUGUCGGAUCAGUAUGGGAGAAAGGCUCUACUAACCUUACCUAUGGUUUUGUCCAUCAUUCCCUCCGCUAUAUUGGCAUGCAACAGAACAACCGGUUAUUUUUACGCCUAUUAUGCCUUAAAGAUUCUCACUGCCAUGAUCUGUCAAGGCAGCAUUAACUGCAUUGCUCUUGCGUAUUUGGCAGACAAUGUUUCGUAUAACCGACGAGCAUCUGCGUUCGGAGUUCUUGCCGGAGUAACCUCGGGAUCUUAUCUCUGCGGAACCUUGGCGGCUCGUUUCUUAUCCGUCGGUUUAGCAUUUCAGGUUGCUACAUUUGUAUCACUGUUUGCUGUGGUGUACAUGAGAAUAUUCCUUGAAGAAAGUAUACCUGCAGAUCAAGCCGAAGGGAUAAUCGAACCGAUCUUGAGAGAAGAGGAAGAAGACGUUACUCGAAAGGACGGUAAUGCACCGGCAAAAAUGUCCUCAUUCAAGAAAAUUCCAUCCCUGGGGGGUGUUAUUUGCUUGCUGAAGAACAGUCCAUCAUUAGCCCAAGCUGCAGUUGUUGCUUUCUUCAAUUAUCUUGGAGAGGGUGGGAUGGAAUCUUCAUCACAGUACUAUAUAAAGGCUCGUUUCCACUUUAACAAGAACCAGUUUGCUGAUUUGAUGCUAAUUAGUGGAAUUCUAGCAACCAUUUCCCAGUUGUUUCUAAUGCCCUUACUGGCAUCUCGCAUAGGAGAUGGAAGGUUGCUUUCGGUAGGACUUUUCGUCGCCUGUAUAUACGCCUUUCUUUACAGUAUAGCCUGGUCAGCUUGGAUCCCAUAUGCUGCAACUGCAUUGACUACCCUCAUGGUCUUUGCACCGCCGUCGUUGCAAAGUAUUGCAUCAAAACAAGUUGGCCCCAGAGACCAGGGAAAGGCACAGGGGUGCAUCGCCGGCAUAACGUCUUUGGCCAAUAUCAUCAGUCCGUUGAUUUUCAGUCCUUUGACAGCAUUGUUCCUGUCGGAAGAAGCACCAUUUCAUUUCCCUGGAUUUAGUAUCAUUUGCAUAGCAAUCACUUUGAUGAUUGCCUUCGUUCAAAGUUUGACGAUGGGGAGAGCUCCUUCAAAUACCAAUGGCAAAAACAACAGAAACAGUACAGAGGUUUAGAUAUAAGAAAGCUAGUGAAAGAUCAUGUGCUACUACUGCCAAGGAAAUGAAAUAGACAGAAUAGAAGAGCCACAUAAAUAUCGUAAAAGCAGAGCAGUGAACACAAAUUUGUAAAACUCCACUCAGUUUAGGUUUUAUUUUUGUACAAUUUGUAGUUGAUAGUUACCAUAGCAUAUAACCACUCAACUAAAAGAGCCCCUCUGGACCAUUCCCUCCAUCAAUCUGAAGCGUUGUCACUGUUGGAAUUGAAUGCCAUUCUAAGAUCUAGAAGUUCUCUGCCUACUGCCGAUGCAUUUUCUUCAUUCCGUUCUGGGCUAGUCCCUUGUCUUUGUAAUGAAAAUAAGUGCAGCAUCAGGUCAUGCGGCAUCGUUAGUCG